AGCCGCGGCUGCCGCGGGCGUUGGGUAAUGAGGGAAGGUGGGAAUCGUUCGGUUCGUUCCAGACGCGGCGUCCCAUGGCCCAGGCGUCUCGAUCUGGUGGCCUUCUGCCUCCGCUAGCUAACGUGCCGCCGUUGGGGGCGCAGUCCCGGGGCGUUGGGGAGGAGCAGUGGCAGAAAAAGCGGGCGGGAGUUCUCCGCGGGGACGUUUGUGGCUGGCCCGAGUUGCCCUUUGCCGGGAGCAUCCCCUGCCUAGACCCACGACCCACCGUAGCUCCGGGAGGGCAGCCGUGGUGGGCAGCGCCAACGCGGGAGGACGCAGGAGAGCACAGCGAUGCCGGCGCCGCGGACUGGUGGCAGGAGCUGGCAGCUGGCGUCCCGAUCCCUCCUGCGCUGCAGCGUCUCCGGGCGGUGUUGCUGCGGCUGCACCGCGAGCGGGAACAGCUCCUCCAAGCCCGGGACUGCGCCCGCCACCUACAGGCUGCCGUGCGCCUCCUGAGGAUCCUGAGUCCCGGCGCUCCAUCCCCUGGCCCCGGCCGCUUGCCUCAGCUGUGCUGGGACGUGUUGCCGCACCCUUCUGGAGGGGCUGUCCUGAGAAGCAGCCUUCGGGAGACCGCCGCGUCGCAACUCCUGGCGCGCCUCGUCGGACUAGCAGCCCAGCGCCUGGAUGCUACCAUCGAGAUGCAGCUUCGGGCUCUGGGCCGGGCGCCUGCCAGCCGAGGCUUAUCGUCCCAACUCGCCGACCUGCUGCUGGCACUUCCCGCCUACCACCACCUGCAGGGAAAAGCCUUGAGCCACGUUCCCGGGGCAGCGCGCCCUUUCCCCCCCGCCCGUGUGCUCCGCCUCCUGACGGGGGAACGGGGUUGCCAGGUGGCAGGUUGGCUAGAUGAGGCGCUCAAGGGAUCUGGCUUGGAGGACCAGCUCCGGAGGCGGUGCCAUGAGGAGCGGGAGCUGCUGCCAGGUCUACUGGGCCUGAUGGGGGGCGUGGCGGGUUCAGCCAGCAGUGGACUGGGGCUUGGGGGGGCUGGAGCCCUGUGGAGCCAGUACUGGACUUUUCUGUGGGCAGCCUGUGCUCAGAGUCUGGACCUAUGUCUAGGACCCUGGAGGGACCCCAGGGCAGCGGCACAACAGCUGAGGCAGGCACUCGGUCGGGCAUCACUGCCUCAGGAGUGUGAGAAGGAGCUGGAUUCUUUGUGUGGCAACCUAAUUCAUCAGUCUCUUAUCUGGAGCUGGGAUCAAGGCUUCUGCCAGGCCUUGGGAUCUGCUAGUGGAAAUCAGAGCAGCCUUCCUUCAUCCUCUCAUACCACUGAACUUUUGCAAAAGCUCUUCCCUCCUCUCUUGGAUGCCCUUCGAGAACCCAGAUCUGGGCUGCCUCUCUACCAGCCUCCAGGUCCUGCACCCCUUGCCCUGGGGCUCUGUACCCUGCAGACCACUGUGCUCUGGUUUUGGGGCAGAGCUCAGCAGUAUCUGGCAGCAUGGACUCCAAGUUCCUUCCUCCUCCUGAUCCAGAAGGACUUACCACCUCUAUUGCAUGAGGCAGAAGCUUUGUCUAACCUGGCCUCAGAGGAAAGCUUGGCCCUGGAGGUGGAGCAGCAGCUGGGCCUGGAGAUCCAGAAGCUGACUGCACAGAUCCAGCUCCUGCCUGAAGAGUCACUAAGUCUCUUUUUUCAAGAAUGUCGUAAACAAGCCUCACAGGAUUUUGAACUCCACAUGCCACGGGGUCGGUACUGGCGGCAUCGUCUCUGUCCUGAACUUCCCAGCAUUCCUAGUGAGUAUGCUGGGUUGGUGGUCCGCAGAGUACUGGAGCCAGUGCUGCAAGGAUUGCAAGGACUGCCACCUCAAGCCCAGGCCCCCGCCCUCAGCCAGGCACUGACUGCCAUCCUGGGUGCCUGGCUUGACCACAUCCUCACCCAUGAGAUCCGGUUCAGCCUGCAGGGGGCACUGCAGCUCAGACAAGAUUUUGGAGUUGUCCGGGCAUUGUUGGAGGAGGAGCAGUGGGGCCUGUCCCCAGAACUUCGCCAGACUCUGCUCAUGCUCAGCAUCUUCCAGCAGUUGGAUGGAGCCCUGCUGUGUCUGUUGCAGCAGCCUCUGCCCAAGACUCAAAUCCACAGGAGGCCGCUGUGUUGCUGUGCAUGUAAUGAGGCCCAGACCAUGGAAUUGCCCAGCAGCAGCCUCAACAGUCUGGAGAGCUUGGAGCCCCCUCUUCGGCCUGGAGCAACCCCAGCCCAGACACCUCAGCUGCUAAGCACACUGUGGGGAGGGGGACCCAGCCCUGAGGCUUACCUGGUAGGAAAUCAGCAGGCCUGGCUUGCCCUGAGGCAGCACCAGCAUCCCCGCUGGCACUUAUCUUUUCUUUCCUGCCUGGGGGCCAGUUCUGAAUCCUAAGGAGCCACAUCAGAAGCCAGAAAGUCAGAACUUCCAUCUCUGUCUGAAAAAGCCCAGACAUUUAGAAAUGCUUCUUAAAAAAAAGCCUAAUUGGCAGCUUGGGAGAAAGGAUACUUGAGAACCACAAGCUACACAGAGCCUGGACUUAAAAAGCUAAGAAUCCAAGAUCACUCCAGUGCCUGGAAUUCAGAGUAAACAGCAUAACCGCAGCUUGGGACCUAGAGGUCAGCACCCUUGAGUGGCUCAGGCUCAGAUCCCUAUCAGUGAAGACAUCUCAGAGUAGAUACUGGUCAUAGGGGGCUAGACGCUGGGAGAAAGUCUUUAGACUUGAAUCCCAGGGAAAGAGAAAAAGCAGUUGAAAGCAGGCAGCCUAGAUGCCACUUCCUCUUAAGUCCUAGGAGCCAGGUUAAACACAAGAGAGGCUGGGACACUACUACAAAGUAAACUCAUCAAGAACCAUAGAGGUGGAAAAGGAAUUUCUAUACCUAAGUCAGUACCACAGGCUGUAUUGUAUUACCCUGUACUCCCCUCCCCAUUACUAUUUUUAAAAACAUUAAACAUUUAAGGACCUUCA